AUGGCCACCCCGGUAGCGGCCCCCGAAGACCAAAGCCGUCUCCUCGAGGAGGCAUUGGGAGUCGUGCGGCAACAGUCGCAGAUGAUGCGAAAAUGUUUGGAAACUCCGGGGAAAUUGAUGGAUGCGUUGAAAUGCGGAUCCACCUUGGUAUCCGAGCUACGAACCCCUAGCCUUGGUCCGAAACAAUACUACGAACUUUACAUGGCCGUCUUCGAUGCCCUGCGACACCUCUCCGUCUACCUGAAAGAGAACCACCCGGUUAACCAUCUAGCGGAUUUGUACGAACUCGUUCAAUAUGCCGGAAAUAUCAUCCCGCGACUCUAUCUUAUGAUUACUGUAGGUACGGUAUACAUGUCUGUGGAGGAUGCGCCGGUCAAAGAGAUUAUGAAGGACAUGAUGGAGAUGAGUCGAGGCGUGCAGCAUCCCAUUCGCGGGCUGUUCCUGCGGUACUAUCUGUCCGGGCAGGCUAGAGACCACUUGCCCACAGGCUCUGGAGACGGCCCGGAGGGCAACUUGCAGGACUCGAUCAGCUUCGUUUUGACAAACUUCGUCGAGAUGAACAAGCUGUGGGUGCGACUCCAGCACCAGGGCCCUUCGCGCGAGCGCGAGAAGCGGAUGCAGGAACGCCGGGAACUGGAAUUGCUUGUUGGUAGUAACGUUGUGCGACUCAGUCAGUUGGUGGAUCUGGAAGGAUACAAAUCCGGUAUACUACAGGCACUGCUGGAGCAAGUCGUCCAGUGUCGUGAUGUUUUGGCGCAGGAGUAUCUCCUCGAAGUAAUCACCAAGGUGUUCCCUGACGAGUUUCACUUGCACACCCUUGAUCUCCUGCUAUCCGCAAUCAGUCGACUCAACCCCCACGUGGACCUGAAGAAGAUCGUCAUUGGAUUGAUGGACCGCUUGUCAGCUUAUGCAGCUCGUGAGACCGAGUCGUCCGCCGAGCCCGAUUCAAGAAUCAAGAAGGAAGAGGAGGCUGUCACCAAACUCCUUGGGAACCUCAAGAUAUCUGAGGAGACCAAGAAGGAAGCGCCGGAAGAAGCAACCCAGGAGAACGGCGUGGAGCAAGCCGCAACGGAUAACGCUGAACAGGCUGAAGCUACGACAGAAGGCGAGCCCACGGCCAAUGGCGACGACAAGGCUGGAAUUCCAGCUGAUGUCAAGCUGUACGACAUCUUCUAUGAACAAGUGGUUAACCUGAUCAAGAGCCGCGGUCUCCCUAUUCAAGACACAAUGGCGCUUCUGGUUUCGCUUGUCAACCUGGCUCUUAACACCUACCCGGAUCGCCUAGAAUUUGUGGACCAAAUCCUCGACUUUGCGACUAAAGAGACUGCGACGUAUGCCGACCACGCCGACCUGCACUCUGCCCCGACACAGCAGAACCUUUUGCACCUCCUUACCGCACCUCUCCGUUCCUACGCCUCCAUAUUCACGGCUCUUGCCUUGCCCCACUACAUCCCACUUCUGACUUCGCAAUCCUACACGACCCGGCGAGCUGUCGCAGGCGAAAUCGCUCGCAGUCUUCUCAAGAACCGAACUUUCAUCACGACUACGGAAAACCUCGACCGCGUGCUGCAAGCCCUAAGGGUUUUGAUCAAGGAAGGCACUCAGCAGUCUAUGGGCUAUCCUGGCAUUCAGUCUCAGCGGCGAGGUGAGACUGAUGAGACCAUCGAGGAACAAGGGUGGCUUGCACGUCUGGUUCAUCUGAUCCAGGCCAAAGACAAUGAUACCCAGUUGAAGUUACUCCAAGCAACCCGCAAGGCCUACCUCGACGGUAACGAGCGUAUCCGAUACACAACACCGGCCCUGGUCACGAGUUCGAUCCGUCUGGCACGCAAACUCAAGGCCCGCGAGCACUACGACGACAACUGGCAGUCGCAGUCUUCAGCCCUUUACCGGUUCAUGCACCAGUGUGUCAACAACCUCUACCAGCGUGUGAACCCUGGUUGUGCUGAUUUGUCCCUGCGUUUGUUUGUGAUGUGCGGAGAAGUGGCGGACCAGACGGGCUUCGAAGAGUUCAGUUACGAAUUCUUUGCACAAGCCUUCACCAUCUACGAGGACUCCAUCAGUGACUCCCGUGCUCAGUUCCAAGCCGUCUGCGUCAUUGCGGGAGCUCUCCACGGCACUCGCGGGUUCUCGAAGGAGAACUAUGAUACCCUCAUUACCAAGGCCGCUCUGCAUGGAAGCAAGCUGCUGAAGAAGCCCGACCAAUGUCGCGCUGUAUACCUAGCCAGUCACCUGUGGUGGGUUGUCGAGAACCCCCAACGAGGCGAAGAAGACCCCAAGAACCUCUACCGCGACGGCAAGCGCGUCCUCGAGUGCCUCCAACGGGCCCUCCGCGUCGCAGACGCUUGCAUGGACACUGCCGUGUCCGUGGAACUCUUCGUCGAGAUCCUCAACCGCUACGUCUACUACUUCGACCAACAGAACGAAACCGUCACGAUCAAAUACCUCAACGGCCUUAUCGAACUCAUCCACUCCAACCUGCAGACGGACGAAAACGAGCCCAACCCCAGCCUGGAGGGCCCGAAGCGACACUUCCAACGUACACUGGAUUACAUCCGAUCCCGAGAUUUCGAAGGCGUAGUCACCGAUCCCAGACAGUGA